UGUCAUUUGUCAAUUGUCAACAAAAACCACCACCGACCAGGAAAAAAACCACAAAGUUUUUUUUUAAAUAAAAUAAUAUAUAAUAUAAAUUGUUUAAAACAAAAUUUAAUUACAAAAUCUCCUGUAAACCUUGUCUGUAUAAAAUAAUGUAAUAGGAACCAAUAUUCCACAUUAAAAUUAUUAUGUUCUUCAGAAAUGUUCGGUCUGCAGCAGAGUUGACUCUUUGCUGCAAACCAGUGUUUUUCAACCAAAACUCAAAUAGUUUCGGGUAUGUCCGGCUACAGUUGCGAAAUUCCUUUCACAAUUCGCGGCGUGGUGGGCGGCGGCCUAUCACGGUACCGAAUCCUCUCGACAACAUACAAAUUGAAGGACCUCUGAAUGCAAGUGGCCUUUUAAAGCCAUUCUUUUUCACUGUAGGGGUGACAUCUUUGAGCUUAGCUGGUUGUGUAAUAUGGGAAUAUGAGAAUCUACGCUCACAUGCAAGUUCCUUCCUCAAAAGGCCAGGCACAUGGUUAAACACUCAUCAAAAACGUGUUUCAGCUCAUUACAGAUCUGAACCUGGACCUUUAAAAAAAUGGUGGAUGUCACUAAGAGAAAGCGAAAAGGUUUUCUAUCCCAUACUAGCAGCAAAUGUUCUAGUCUUUGGUGCUUGGAGAGUGAGAUCUCUACAACCAUUCAUGAUCAAAUACUUCUGUUCAAAUCCUUCAGGCAGUGCCAAAUGUCUACCAAUGGUUUUAUCCACCUUUAGUCACUACUCAACAUUACAUUUAGCUGCCAAUAUGUACGUCCUACAUAGUUUCAUGCCAGCUGCCAUAGCAUCACUAGGCAAGGAGCAGUUUGUCGCAAUGUAUCUGAGUGCCGGCGUCAUAAGCAGCUUUACCAGCUUCCUCUACAAAGUGAUGCUUAGCCAGCCAGGGCUUAGUCUUGGAGCUUCUGGAGCGAUCAUGGCAGUUUUGUCCUACGUUUGUGUGCAGUAUCCUGAUACAAGAUUGAGCAUAAUAUUCUUGCCUAUGUACACAUUUGCCGCUGGAACAGCAAUAAAGGUAAUAAUGAGCGUGGAUCUGGCGGGAGUAGUCUUGGGAUGGAAAUUUUUUGAUCAUGCGGCUCAUCUUGGCGGUGCUUUGUUCGGCAUGGCCUGGUGCUACUGGGGCAACAUGCAUGUUUGGGGAAAUAGAGACAAAUUCCUGCAGUAUUACCAUAGUAUCAGGAAAGAUUCAUGAUAUAUAGAUGAAAAGGAAACGGUGUAACUUAAAUAGUAACGGUUAUAUUUAUUUUAGAUAAUCUAAUUUUGAUAACUAACUUGUUAGUCAAUUGAAUCUAAAUAUAUAAAAUAUAUAUAUCUACAAACCAA